AUGGACAGCUCGUCGUUGACCGCGCUCGGCCGCCACUUCGACCGGGUAAUGCAGUCGAUCCAGCAACGACUCGAGUACCUAAUGGAGCAGUCGCAGAUCGUCACCCUCAGCGUCUAUGACCGCGCAGGCAACCUCAUCGACAACGCCGACGCCGAGAUUGCGCGGUACCAUGAGAUCAUGGCGCAGAUCGACGAACUCGAAUUGGAUUUUGACCGCAUCGGCCAAAUUCGCGAGAUCGUGCGCGGCUUUCGCCAGAGAGCCGAAGAGCUGGAGCGUGAAGUGGAACGGUCCGGCGCCGGACGGCACAAGGCCACUCACACGACGAAACGAUUUGAACGACAUAUUUAA